AGAUAGAAUCUUCAAGUUCCUCCUUAUUUCUUCAAAAGAUAUCAAACGAUAUCAGACUUAUCGAAUCUAUCUGAUUUCCUCUCUCUCUCUCUCUUUCUUUAUAAUAAAUUAAUAUCCUCAGAAAAAGAUUGCAAUAUGAUUUAAUUAGUCAUAUUGUAAUCAACGGCGUGUGAGCAUCAAUUUUCAUAAUAAAAAAAAUUAUUUAAUCUUUUUUAAUAUUUUCGGAAAAUAUCAAACAUUGCAACGAUCAAAAAAAUUUAGUCUUGAACUCACUUCGUCACUCUCGAACUUUUCUAUUUACAAGUUCAACAAUUUAAUCAAAAGUUUUUUAAUUUUGUAACGACCAAUAUUUUUGUGUAGCAAUAAAAUUUCUAUUUUAAAUUUUAUUUUUCGAAAAAUAACUAACUUUUAUAAAAAAUACAUGAUCUUCCGAAUCAAUCAAAUUCUCCCAUAAAUUCUUCCAUAAUCCUCGCAAUAUGUUUGAUAAAAUUGAUACGGCACGCCUUUAAUGAAACAAUCAAAAUAUACUUUAACCACACUCACUUUCACAUCUACCUUGUGUAGCGGAAAAAAAAAACACACAACAUCGAUGGCGAACGGCGGUUCGCGGUGAAGCUGCGCGUCGUUACCAGGACGACCGGAGAGGGUUGGACCGACAGCAGCGCGUCUCCAUAGAGAAAGAGAGGAGGCCGAGGGUUGCGAAGAGGAAGGGUGGACAGGCGGGCGCAGGGGUGUACAUCCGGGGGAUAGAUCGCUGUCGGAAAUUUCGCAGAGAUGGAGUUUCUACAGAAUCAUCACGCGGUCAACACCUCCGAGUCGCCGUACACCCUCGGUACAGGUUCCGUCGGCAGCAUCGAGGCGACCAUCUCAUCCAGCCUCUGUUCUGGACCGCUGGGCGUUCUCGCGGGCGACGACGCUCUAUCAACCGACAAUCAAAACGAGGAGGCAGCCGUCCUCGGUGCCGCUUUGCAGGGUACGCUGCGCUUACAGGAUCUACAGAGCUCGCCGAAUGACAUCGGCGCCGAUCAAGCCCAGCAACUUUCCACUUCCGGCCAGGCCGUAAGCGAAUUCGGCGGCAGCUUUUGGGUCGACGACAUGGCGGGUUUUCCUCUACCGCCGUUGGACCUGGAUCCGCUGCCUCCCGGGCUCUUCAGCCCUUGUUCGGGAACGUACAACUGGGGCUGUUCGCGCGGCGAAUGCGUGCCAAGGGCCGGCAACGGCGCGAACGGCGAGGGCGUUGCCGAUGUCCUUUUAUCCUUGAAACACGCAGUGGUGCAUCCUGGAAGUCCGACAGCUGGCUAUUAUCCUACCGGGGCUGGCUCUACCGCAGCCCAUCACUACUCACAAGACUACGUGCAGAAUCUAGGACCGUCGGUUCCGGGUCCGGGUCAUUACGGUUCUGCAUCCGCCAUGUCCGUCAAUGUCUCGAUGAACAUGACGAUGAACAUGAACAUGCACUCUGGAUACGAGCAAAGCUAUUCGUCGGCUUGGGGUGUGGAACCUCUUUUAAGUCCCGCCCCUCAGUACGGCAAUCCGGUGGAGGCGGCGGCGCAAACGACCGUAAGGGUGAAUCAGGGCGCACCGGCCAAUAGCGGCUUGAUCGGCGGCCAUUCCCAUUCUCACCCCCAGCCACAUCAUGGUGGUGGCCGGCUGCAGCUCGGGGGUGAACACGCGAUAUGCAUGGGUACGACAGGUCCGACCGCGACGGGCGGCGUCACCCCCGACGAUAAUGGCAGACCCAAUCUGUGCAGGAUAUGCGGCAAGUCAUAUGCCAGACCUAGCACUCUCAAAACUCAUCUGCGUACACAUUCUGGGGAAAAGCCGUUCAGAUGCCACGCGUGCUCGAAGGCGUUUAGCCAAGCGGCGAAUCUGACUGCUCACGCGAGAACACACUCUGGGGAAAAACCAUUUCGAUGUCCAGUGUGUGACAGAAGAUUUUCUCAAAGCAGCUCGGUGACUACGCAUAUGAGAACGCAUUCGGGCGAACGACCCUAUAGAUGUCGAUUCUGCAAGAAGGCGUUCUCCGACAGCUCGACGCUCACCAAGCACCUGCGUAUUCACUCCGGUGAGAAACCGUACCAGUGUAAGCUAUGUCUGCUUAGAUUUAGUCAGAGCGGUAAUCUCAAUAGGCAUAUGAGAGUUCACGGCGGUUCCCUGACGUGACACAGUCCUCGCGCAUCAACACAGUCCACGAUGAUGAUGAUCGAUGACAGCGGUGCUGCGCGCCAGUUUCCCAAAUGCUGUCGUAUACCUGUGAUUCGAUUAAGAACAAACUCGCCAGAAAAAUAAAACAUAAGGCGAGCGUGUCUCUCAUUAUAAUAUACAUAUACAUAUAAUUUAAUACUAGAAUAAUUAAUUUUUAUCAGUAUAAUUAAUUGAAGAAAGAAGUUUCGAUAUCUCGUCUGUGUACUUUACAAAAAAAUCAUCGUGAAUAAAUGUACAGUAAACCAAUUGUCUGCAGAAAUUAACUGUGUUAAUUGCAUCAAAUUUGUUUUAUUGACAUAUGUUUUACUGACAGCUCUUGCAUUGGACUGUGCUACAGAUCUGUGCUUGAUCUCGUCGUAUUUUUCUGGCAAACUUUUAUAUAUUUUUAGUACUAAUCAUCUCUCUACUGAUAUCAUUGCGUACAACAAAUGUAUAAAAUCUAUAAUCUUUCUGCCGAGAAAAUUUGUAGCAUCUUGCACAAUUUGUAUUGAAUAGACUUAGCUAUCUGGCAUAUAACUUUUCUGCAUUUAUGCCAUCAAACUCGGCGAAUUGUAAAUUCCUAAAAUUCGUAACAAAAAAAAAAAUGUAUAAAAAUUUAUACAUUAUUAUGAAAUUAUGUAAUGAAAAUUACAACUAAAUUAUACACUAAAUUAUAUAUUGAACAGUAUGUUUGUAUGUGUGUAAUUAUAAAAUUAUUAUUAGGAAAUGAGAUAUA